AGCAGGGGACAGGAGGGAGCCUUGCAGAGUCUCACAAUUGCUUGUGAGGUUCCAUGAAGAGAACUGCUUUUAUCCUGGGCUCUGGGCUCCUCUUGUUUGUGGCCUUCUGGAAUUCGGUCCCAUGGCAUCUUCAGAGAUUUUGGGGUGCUUCUGGCUACUUUUGGCAAGCCCAAUGGGAGAGAAUACUGUCCACAUUUGGAGACAAAGAGCUGAUCCUCUUCUUUACAGGGUCCGGCCUCAUACCCGCACUGAUCUUCUGGGCCUUCAGUGGGAUCCUAUUGGUGGUGGACACAACUGGAAAACUGAAUUUCAUCUCCCGCUACCGGAUUCAAGUUGGCAAGAAUGAACCUGUGGACCCUGUGAAACUACGUCAGUCUAUCUACACAAUUCUUUUCAAUCAAUAUGUGAUCACUUGCCCUAUGCUGGUCGCCCUCUAUCUCUUGCUCAAAUUGUGGGCAGACCCCUGCCACCGAGAGCUACCCACUUUCUACCGGUUCCUCCAGGAACUGGCAGUCUUCAUCAUAAUAGAGGAAGUUCUGUUCUAUUACUCACACCGGCUCUUUCACCACCCAACAUUCUACAAGAAAAUUCACAAGAAACACCAUGAGUGGACAGCCCCCAUUGGCAUGAUCUCUUUGUAUGCCCACCCCAUAGAACAUGUGGUUUCCAAUAUGCUGCCUGCCAUAAUGGGUCCCUUAGUCAUGGGCUCCCACCUGUCCUCCAUCACUGUGUGGUUUUCCUUGGCCGUAAUCCACACUAUCAUCUCCCAUUGUGGCUACCACCUGCCCUUCCUGCCUUCCCCUGAAUUCCACGACUACCACCAUCUCAAGUUCAAUCAGUGCUACGGAGUGUUGGGGGUGCUAGAUCACUUGCAUGGGACGGACAAAAAGUUUAAGCAGACCAAGGCCUAUGAAAGACAUGUUCUCCUGCUGGGCUUCACACCCCUGUCUGAGAGCAUUCCCGACUCACCAAAAAAAGAUUGAGGGUCCUAGUGCGCUCCUGCCUAUCCACUCUACAGCAGGAUUCUGGGACAGCCUGAGGUCUUAGAAUUGCA